AUGUCGCUGCCCUUGAAGUCGUCUGCUUCUCAGUUUGCUGCUGCUCCUGCUGCUGCAGCAGCAGCAGCAGGAGCAGCAGAGACAGGAGCAGCAGCUCCAACAGGAGCAGCAAAAAGCUUUGCUUCUUUUGCUGCGCGUCUGCAUGCAGGGGCCCGCAGCAGCAGCGACCUCUUCCACUCUCUAGCGGGCCUCAUCCCUGCUGCUGCUGCUGCAGAUCCAGCAGCAUCAGCAGCAGCAGGAACAGCUGCUGCUGCUUCGCGGGUUGAACCCCUGAAGAAGCCUUUGGCGGCAGUAGCUGCUGCAGCAGAGCAGCAGCAGCAGCAGCAGCAACAGCUGCAGCAGCAGCAGCAGCAGCAGCAUGAAGACCUGGACGACUUAGAUGGGCCUGUGCUGCUGCGGCAGCUGCAACAGCGGGAGUCAGAAGUGCAGCUGCUGCUGAGCCGCAACAAGCAGCAGGAAGCAGCAGCAGCAGCAGCGCAACAGCAGCUGCACCAGCUGCAGCAACGUCAGCGGCAAGAGCACACGCUGCUGCUGGAUGUGCUUCAGCGUUUUGGUGUAGUCGACGAGAAGUUUGUUGCUGCUGCUGCUGCUGCUGCAGCAGACCCCUCCAGCAGCAGCAGCAGCAACAGCAGCAGCGAGAUCGAUGUUUUUGUCUGCGCGCAGCGCCUGUCUUCGCAUUUGCUGCGGCUGGAGACAGACAGAGAGGCCCUUGCUUCUUUUUGUUUGCUGCUGUUCCCUCGUGAGCUGUCUCUGCAGCUGGUUGCUGCUGCUGCUGCUGCUGCUACAGGUGGAGAUGCUGCAGCAGCAGCAGCAGCUGCUGCUGCUGCACGCGCAGCACCGCAUCUCUCCUCAGCCGUGCUGCACCGCAAGUGGUUGGAGGGAGAAGAAGAGCGGCAGCUAAGCAGCAGCAAGACAAAUGCGCAGCAGCAGCAGCAGAUGCUGUUGCUGCAACAGCAGCAGCAAGAGCUCCAGCAGCAGCAGCAACUGCAGCAGCAGCAGGAAGAAAGGCUUGUACAGCUGCAGCAGCAAAUCGCCACACUCACAAGGGAGAAAGCUGCGCUGCUGCUGCAGCUGCUGCAGCAGAGAAAGGCUGCUGCUGCAGCAGUUGCUGCUGCAGCCGCUGCAGAAGCAUGCCGAAGCGACACAUCUGUUAGCUGCAGCAACUGCAGGACGCUGCAGCUGCAGCAAGCAGCAGCAGCAGGUGCUGCUGCUGCUGCUGCUGCUGCAGAGACACAGCAGCAGCUCGACGGUACGAGCCCGGCCAGCGAAGAUGAGUGCACACAAGAACCCAGCAGCAGCAGCAGCAGCAGCAGCAGCAGCAGCAGCAGCAACACGGAAGCACGCUGUGAUGUUGCUGCUGCAGAAGCUGCUCUUCCGUCUGCGCAUGACAAUGGAACGAGUGAAGAGAAGCAGCAGCAGCUGCUGCAGCAGCAGCUGCAGCAACAAGUAGAAGCCCUGCAGCAGGAGGCGCAGCAGCAGAAGCAGCGCGCUGACAGCCUGCAGCAGGAGGUAUCUCGGCUGGAGCUGCAGCAGCAGCAGCACGAGCAGCAGCAGCAGCAGCUGCAGCAGCAGCAGAAACUGCUGCAGCAGCAGCAGCAAGACCUUGAGGCCCAUCGGCAGCAAGCGCGUUCGCUCCUCCUGAGUAAAGAAGCAGCACUGGAGAAGCUGCGGCAACGAUUGCAGCUGCUGCAGCAGCAGCAGCAGCAGCAACAGCAGCAGCAGCAGGAGCAGCAGCAACAGGAGGAGCUGCAGGACGCUGCUGAAUCGCCUCAGCAUCAGGCGCUGCUUCAAAAGCAACGACAGCUGGAAGCCCUGCAACAGCAGCACGACUUGCUGCUGCAGCAACAAGACGAGCAGCAGCAGCAGCUGCUGCUGCUGCAGCAGGAGGUCAUACGUUUAAAGCGAGAUGCUGGGCAGCCCGAACUCUUGAAUGGCAGCAACGGCAGCAACAGCAACAGCAGCAGCAACAGCAACAGCAGCAGCAACAGCAACUGCAGCAGCAGCAGACCGCCACCGCCGCCUCCUGAGGGGCCCCCUCCCUCGUCAGUUCAGGGGCCCCACACAGUUCAAACAACUAACGGCAGCAGCAGCAGCAGCAGCAGCACCAACAGCAGCAGCAGCACCAACAGCAGCAGCACCACCAAGAGCAGCAGCAGCGGCAGCAGCAGCAACCAGCAGCAGGAGUAUCUGAAGCACGUGCUGCUAAAGUAUAUUAUAUAUAAACAAAGAGGCGAUCCUGCAGCGCAGCAGCUGCUGCCAGUCAUAAGCUCGCUGCUGCAGCUUAACAGCGAAGAGCAGCAGCUGCUGCUGCAGCAAGAGGCUAACACGUGGUGGCCUGCGUAG